UGUAGAUAUUGUGCUCAUAUCCGAUUCGUUGUUUGUAGUUGCUUCUGGCUUUUGCUGCGUCUUCCUACCCUCAGCUGCUCUCCAAAGAGCUGAGAGCGAGGGCGAAAGCGAGGGAACAGAGGGCGAACGAGGGAUAGAUAGCGGGUAGGAGGGAUCGAGGAAGAAGAGAAGGUGGGCGGGGAGAGGGAUUUUGGUUUGAUGGCGGACGCUUUCUGCCCCGACUGCAAGCGGAGCACGGAGGUGGUGUUCGACCACUCGGCGGGGGACACGGUGUGCUCCGAGUGCGGGCUGGUGCUGGAGGCGCACUCCAUCGACGUGACCUCGGAGUGGCGCACCUUCGCCAACGAGUCCGCCGACAACGACCCCGUUCGUGUCGGCGGGCCCACCAACCCCCUCCUCACCGACGGUGGCCUCUCCACCGUCAUCUCCAAGCCCAACGGCGCGCAGGCCGAGUUCCUCUCCUCCUCCCUCGGCCGGUGGCAGAGCCGCGGCGCCAACCCCGACCGCAACCUCAUCCUUGCUUUCAAGACCAUCGCCACCAUGGCCGACAGGUUGGGCCUUGUUGCCACUAUCAAGGACCGGGCCAAUGAGAUAUACAAGAAAAUUGAAGAUCUUAAGUCUAUUAGAGGGCGAAAUCAAGAUGCAAUUUUAGCUGCUUGUCUAUACAUUGCUUGCCGACAGGAAGACAGGCCUCGAACUGUGAAGGAAAUUUGCUCUGUUGCCAAUGGAGCUGCAAAGAAAGAAAUUGGUCGGGCUAAGGAGUUCAUUGUAAAACAGCUUGAAGUUGAGAUGGGACAGUCAAUGGAGAUGGGAACAAUUCAUGCUGGAGAUUUUCUGAGACGUUUUUGUUCACAUCUUGGUAUGACAAAUCAAGCAGUUAAAGCUGCUCAGGAAGCAGUCCAGAAGUCAGAAGAGCUUGAUAUAAGGAGAAGUCCUAUAUCAAUUGCAGCGGCUAUCAUUUACAUGAUAACACAGUUAUCAGAUGACAAGAAGCCUCUCAAAGACAUAUCCCUGGCAACCGGAGUAGCAGAAGGCACCAUCCGGAACUCCUACAAAGAUCUCUAUCCUUAUUCUUCAAGGAUCAUUCCAACCUCCUUUGCAAAAGAGGAGGACCUAAAGAACCUCUGCAGCCCAUAAUUUGUUCUCAGAAGAGUGUCCGAAAACCUGAUACAUCUUCAGGUACAAUCAUACAUCCAGCUAUGGAUGGUAUGAUAGUAUCGACUGAUGCAAUGUUUAGUUGUGAACUUGAUCUGACCUGAUCAACAGCAUUAACUGAGCGGUGAUCCUUUUAUUUAUCUAGGAACUUCUCGACCAAGGUGUUGUAUCUGAUUUGCAAAGAAUUGACCUUUCUAAACUGAUGCUUCAAUCUGCUGUAGGUGUUUAACUUAGAUGAAAACACCAACACAGUGAGGUAGACAACUUUUCAUGUAUCACUUGUAUGAAUGAAGUUUGUUGCUGUCGAUUCGAAAGCAUGUAAAGUUCAAGUUGCUGGCUAUAAAGUGUUGUCAUUAGAUAGGAUUCGAGUGUUUCAGUCAGUAUUCUCGUAAUUUUUAUUGAUUCCAAGAAUCCAAAGUGGGAAUUCCGUUCUUGGAUGUUUGUAUAUAUCCCAAGAGAAUCUAGUGUUUCUAUC